AGUCUUAAAAAAUCAAGACAGGACCAGCGGGAAAACUUCCAAAGGACCAAGUGUUCCGAGGCUCCCUACCCCCGCUGGGAGAAGAGAUGGUACCGUCCGGAAGUCUGGGCGGAGACUGCGGCUGCGCUUCCUGUGAAAGGGCAGGCGUCUCGGGCCUGGCCACUUCCGUACUUCCGCUUUCCGGUCCAGCCAGCGCCCGCGAUGACUGCCACUCUCCGCCCCUACUUGAGUGCCGUGCGGGCCACACUGCAGGCUGCUCUCUGCCUGGAGAAUUUCUCCUCCCAGGUUGUGGAACGACACAACAAGCCGGAAGUGGAAGUCAGGAGUAGCAAAGAGCUCCUGUUACAACCUGUGACCAUCAGCAGGAAUGAGAAGGAAAAGGUUCUGAUUGAGGGCUCCAUCAACUCUGUCCGGGUCAGCAUUGCUGUGAAACAGGCCGAUGAGAUUGAGAAGAUUUUAUGCCACAAGUUCAUGCGCUUCAUGAUGAUGCGAGCAGAGAAUUUUUUUAUCCUUCGAAGAAAACCAGUGGAGGGUUAUGACAUCAGUUUUCUGAUCACCAACUUCCACACAGAGCAGAUGUAUAAACACAAGUUGGUGGACUUUGUGAUCCACUUCAUGGAGGAGAUCGACAAAGAGAUCAGUGAGAUGAAGCUGUCGGUCAAUGCCCGUGCCCGCAUCGUGGCUGAGGAGUUCCUCAAGAAUUUUUAAACAUCUGGCUGGAUCUCGUGGCCUUCCCCCUCAGAAUCUCCUGUGUCUCUGCGAAGGCGUCCUGGAGUCACUUCUUGGAGCAGCAGCGGAAGCAGAGGAGGGGAACUGGGUUGGGGUGGGCAUUAGAUGAGGGAGGGGGGGUGGUGCGCUUGCUAGCUGGAGACAAAGCAGCAGUGGACUUGCCCCAAGGCCACAUGUGCCUGGUCAGGCUGGCUUCUGAUGUUCAGUCCCCUGGGCCGGGACAGAUUUUUUUUAACGUCUUGAAACUUAAACUCUGUGCUUGUAGGAGACUGUAACCUUUUUGUCUUUUGUUUUUUUUUAAACAAACAACCUCCACCUCCUGUGGCUGUGACUGGUCCCAGUGAUUGUACCUUAUUGGUCGCUGUGGGUCUGGGCGGGCCUGGAGCCAGAUGGCGACUACUGUUCCUCCCCCAAGCCACCCCAUGUGGGGAGGGAGGGAGGUUUCAGACUCCAGUUCCUCUCCCUUGCCCUCUUAUUCUCAAGCCUCCUUGGGCCCAGUAGAAGUGGUGGCCAGCUUCCUGAGCUCUGCCUAAAAAUGGCCACCCAGCACUGGUUGGGGACAAGGGCUGAACCAGUGGCCACCAGCCAUGCCUAGGAGCUGAAGCCAGAAAGCCAGGCAACCUAUGGCCACAGGGACCGCUUCAAGCCCUCCCAGCUGAGAGGGGCCACUGUUUCGCCUUGUCUGUCAGUGCAGUGCCUGUGCUAGAGGUGGAGAGGUGAGUCCUAUCAGAUUCCUGGCUGGGGCCUUCCCACCCACUCUGGCUCCUCUGCUCCCAUGCUCGCUGUACCUUUUCUUAUUCCGGUGGAUCCUCCCUCCCCUGAUUAAACUCUCUUCUUGCCCCUUUGGGGCUGCAUGA